ACAAAUCCUCCUGGAAUUGCGCUCCCGGGGCUCUCCGGGCGUUCCCGGGGGUUGGGAUCUCAUCCCGAUCCGUGUCCCCCCAGGUGAUCCAGAGCCGGCAGAAGGAGGCUCCGUUCCUGCUGCCCGAGGACGUGUUCGGGAGAGCCCCCGGCUGAGUAAAAACCUGGAUCAGCUGGGGCCGGAGGUUUUUCUUCUGGCAGAGCAAGAUCAGCGAAGCGCUGGGAGGGAGCGGAUACAACCUGGAGCGGCUCAGCAUUCCCUACGUCCCGCAGCUCACGGACGAGGAUCGCUUAUCCAAGAGGAAAAGCAUCGGAGAGACCAUUUCCCUGCAGGUGGAGGUGGAAUCCCGGAACAGCCCCGAGCGGGAACAGAGAGCUCCGGCCGAGGAAAUCACCUACGAGACGCUGAAGAAAGCCAUCGCAGACAGCGUGGCCGUGGAGGAGCAGGAGCGGGAACGCCGGCGCCAGGUGGUGGAAAAAUUCCAGAAGGCUCCGUUCGAGGAAAUCGCCGCCCACUGCGGGGCCAGGGCGACGCUGCUCCAGAGCAAACUCAACCAGAUCUUCGAGAUCACCAUCCGGCCUCCUCCGAGCCCCUCUGGCACCGUCUCGGCCGCCUACGGGCAAUCCCAGAGCCACUCGAUCCCGGUGUACGAGAUGAAAUUCCCGGAUCUCUGCGUCUACUGAUGGGAAUGUGCCUGGAAUGUGGCCGGGAAGAGCCGCCUCCUUCCCAAGGAUCUCCCGGGAACGGAUUCCCGCCCUUCCCGGGGCGGGAAAAGCGGGAUCCGGACGCUCCGGGCUGUCCCGGCGUCCGUGAUCCCGGAAUUCCUUGUGGGAAAAGGAGGUUUGGGGAGGUUGUUGGUUGGGAAUCCCUCCCUGGAUUGGUGGGAAUGUGCAUCUCCCCCCCCUCUCCCCGGAAAAUCCCAUCAUUCCAGAGGGAUGAGGUUUGGGAAAGGCAGGAUGGGUUUUCUUGGGAAUGUGCAUCUCCCACGCCCCGGAAAAUCCCAGGAAUCAUUGGGAAUGGUGAGGAAAUCCUGGGAAAACGACGGGAAAAGAGGGAAUUUUGGGAGCAGCUGGGUCAGGAAUUGCAAGGAAAUCCCGGGAAACCGACAGGAAAAGAGGGAUUUUGGGUCGGGAAUCACGAGGAAAUCCCAGGAAACCACUGGGAAAAGAGGGAUUUGGGUCGGGAAUCACGAGGAAAUCCUGUGAAACCAGUGGGAAAAGAGGGAUUUUGGGUCGGGAAUCAUGAGGAAAUCCCGUGAAACCACUGGGAAAAGAAGGAUUUGGGUCAGGAAUGGUGAGGAAAUCCCGGGAAAUCGCUGGGAAAAGAGGGAUUUUGGGUCUGGAAUCACAAGGAAAUCCCGGGAAACCGCUGGAAAAAGAGGGAUUUUGGGUUGGGAAUCACGAGAAAAUCCUGGGAAACUGCUGGGAAAAGAGGGAUUUUGGGUCGGGAAUGGCGAGGAAAUCCCAGGAAACUACCGGGAAAAGAGGGAUUUUGGGUCUGGAAUGGCGAGGAAAUCCUGGGAAACCGGCAGGAAAAGAGGGAUUUUGGGUUGGGAAUCACGAGAAAAUCCUGGGAAACUGCUGGGAAAAGAGGGAAUUUGGGGUUGGGAAUGGUGAGGAAAUCCCGGGAAAUCGCCGGGAAAAGAGGGAUUUGGGUCAGGAACGGCGAGGAAAUCCCGGGAAACCGGUGGGAAAAGAGGGAUUUUGGGUCGGGAAUGGCGAGGAAAUCCUGGGAAACCGCCAGGAAAAGAGGGAUUUGGGGUCAGGAAUGGUGAGGAAAUCCCGGGAAACUGGCAGGAAAAGAGGGAUUUUGGGUCGGGAAUGGCGAGGAAAUCCCAGGAAACCACCGGGAAAAGAGGGAAUUUGGGUCAGGAAUGGUGAGGAAAUCCUGGGAAACCGUCAGGAAAAGAGGGAUUUGGGUCGGGAAUGGCGAGGAAAUCCCAGGAAACUGCCGGGAAAAGAGGGAUUUGGGUCGGGAAUCACGAGGAAAUCCCGGGAAACUGGCAGGAAAAGAGGGAUUUUGGGUCGGGAAUGGUGAGGAAAUCCCAGGAAACCACUGGGAAAAGAGGGAUUUUGGGUCGGGAAUGGUGAGGAAAUUGCACAUUCCCAAUCCCUGUUUUGGUGGGUGUUUUUUUCCAUGGAUUUGGAUUUCCAUGGAUUCGGGAUCGCCACCUGGGCUUUAAUCCCAGUUUAGGGAAGGACAGAGCUUAAAAACCCGGGAAAAGCGGGAUGGAUUCCGGUUCCCGGGCUGGAUUUGUGCCCAAGGCUCUUCCCUAAUUCCUGCUUUUCCCGGCUCCCGCUUUUCCCGGCUCCUCCUCCUUCCCGAUCCCUCCGAGGGGUGGAAAUUCCGGCCUCGGCAGGAAAACAAAGGUGGUUUUCCCUGGAAAAAGCCCCGAAAUCCUUAAAAAAAAAUCCCCAGCGGGAAAAAAUUCCCGCCCGAUUUGCGCAUCCGUGGAAAAACCGCCUCCCAGAAUUCCUCGGGAAGAGCCGCGGGAUCAUCCCGGCAUUCCCAAAAACCCCUCUUGGGACACAACCCCCGGGGGUUCUCCCCCUCUGGAGCAGCCCCAGAUCCCGCCAUUCCCGGUGUUUUUCCAUGGAAACCUCCCCUUCCCCCCCCAACACUUCCUGGUUUCCAGAGGCUCCGAAUUCCACCCGGAAUUCCACCCGGAAUUCCACCUUUUUUUUUUUUGUUUGUUUUCCCGGUGUUGUCGCCUAAUUUAGUUUUAGAUCCCGGCCUCGAGAUGCCAAAGUUAUCCCGGAAUUCCUGGAAUUCCCGGGGGCACGCGCUCGUUCCCACGUCCAUCCCGGAGCGCCGGGAUGUUCCCGGGGCGAUCCCGGCAUUCCCGAAGGCAGGGAAGGGAAUUCUG